AAGCGCGUCGUCUGGGGGCGUUUCACCGGGGCUGCCCGGUUGUGUCCGGGGUAAGAUGGCGUUGGAAGAGCAGUGCUCGGCACCAUCUCGAUGGCGGUCCAUAUCCCUGACACACGUAGAGUUCCCGGAGGGCGAUCUGACGGGACAUGUGCUGGCCUACUUCAGCCUCCUACCCAUAGCGAUCCUCGUGGGUUUUGUUACACUAAUCGUGUUUAAACGGGAGCUGCACACGAUUUCCUUCUUUGGAGGAGUAAUCCUGAAUGAAGCAGUGAACUGGGUGCUGAAGCACAUUCUCAGAGAACCGCGCCCAUGUGCAGGAACCCACACAACCCUACACACUGAGUAUGGGAUGCCCUCCAGUCAUUCGCAGCUUAUGUGGUUCUUUGUUGUUUACUUCUUUCUUUUCCUUUAUUUAAGAAUGCAUCAAACGAACAAUGCUCGAUGCGUGGACCUCUUGUGGAGACACAUCCUGUCCAUCAUCCUGUUGGGCACGGCCUUAUCGGUCUCAUACAGCAGGGUCUACCUGCUGUAUCACAGCUGGAGCCAGGUCUUCUAUGGCGCAGUGGCCGGAUGUACGAUUGCCAUAAUCUGGUUCUUUAUCACACAAGAGAUGCUGACACCAUUAUUCCCCAAAAUAGCGGCGUGGCCAAUAUCCGAGUACUUCCUGGUGCGAGACACAAGUCUGAUUCCCAACAUCUUAUGGUUUGAGUAUACCGUGACCAGAUCAGAGGCAAGGAACAGACAACGAAAGCUUGGAACAAAACUCCAGUGAUCUACACGGUUCUUCUGUGAAAGAGUUUAAGACCGUACACACACACACACACACACGUACACACAAAACAAAUGCUCAUGUGACUAAAACACACUGGAGAACCGUCUUUUGGACUGACGUGGUUGGAAGGAGUAAAGGGCAAAAACCGUUUACAGCUGGCGAAAGAGUGCGUGGAGCCGGAGCCUGCAGCCUGAGCGAGUCCGUCCACACGCCUCUCCUCCUUGUACAGCCCCCCCCCCCCCUCCCCUCCCCCGAUGCUCCUGCAAUGCAUGCGAGACUGUGCAAGCGGCACACUAUUUAAUGAUAGAUUAAUAUAUAUAUAUAUAUAUAUAUUUGAACUAUAACCGCACGCUGACGAUAACAACGUACUGUAGGAGACUCAAAGAGCCCAAAGAGGAGGCGCAGGUCCCGUUCCAUACUGAUGGGUGGGCGCAUUGCAGCAUGCAUUUAGUGAUUCCUUUUUUAACUAUUGAGAUGGAUAGGUGGCGGGAGGGGGGGUUGGUUGAUUCCAUGAUGGCAAAGUGGGGGUGCUGGUGGGGGGGUGGCUUGUGGAAUUAACCAUUUUUCAUUGUUAUAUAAUAGGAAAUGAACAAUUUCUAAAAUAGCUUAUGAUGUAAUAUAAAUGAGAAUUUGCACUUUGUGAAAUUUACAAGUAAAAAGAAAGACGUACACUAGUUAGAUGUUGAGACCCUCGACCCCCAUUACCCCCCAUCAGCCCCUUUCUUUGUUCCUGACGUCGGGCCUGAUGUAUAAGACUCCUAAGCUUAUCUGCAGUGUGAAUCUAAUCUGUACUAUUGAGCAUUAAGGUUGUGCUUUCUGUUCAUAUCCACGUUUUUAAGAUAAGACUGAAUCAGAGCGGCGGGGUUCAGUGUUUUUUUUCCCGUCGUUGAACACACUUUGGACCGAGGUGGUGUUUCUCUUAACGCCUCACACACAGUAGCAGCUUGCGAACAAGAUUCUGGGAAUCGUUUUUUUUUUUCCAUUCAUUUUCGGAUCUAGUUUUCUGCUGUUGCAGAGAAUUGUUUUGCUUUCUACCUACAUUUCCAAGAUGACAUUCCAUAUCAUUUUAGUAGGAAAACAUGCAUUGCGAUUGCUGAUGUUUUCUUUUUUUGUUUGUUUGUUUUUUAAACGAAAAAGGCCUCAGGUCGGUUGUAGCAUGUGGUUCUGCUUAAUUCCUCACAACUGAUGUUUACAGCUGUCGUGUGGGGAUCUUAAGCUGAUUUAAAACUCAUAUCAUUAGCUCCACAAAGGGAAGUAGUUCUCUUUAGAUUUGUUUCCCCCCCCCCCAUGUGUAACCUAUAUCAGGCUAAAUAAAAUGUGUUUAUGUACAGGA